AUGUCUGAUUCUACCGCUAACUCAACGGCCUCAGACAUAGGCGGUUCAGAUUUGUCGAAUCUUUACAGUGUUAUUAAUAGAGAUAGUGUCUAUGGGCUGAACCUUUCUGUGCCUGAAGAUGCGAAAGCGAUUAUCAAGCCAUGGGAUCAGCGAGAGGAUACGUCCCAGUUCAUAGAUUCUGGAGUAGAUGAUCAGGUUAUCAUCCACAUCCCCUUCUCGCAGAACGUUCGAAUUCGUUCGAUGAUACUGAAAAUAGGUGGGCAAUCUUUCGCUCGUGUUAACCUUUGCUCGAUGGACAUUGUGUCCGCAGGCCGAGGGGAAUCAACUCCUCGCAGGCUCCGCAUCUACGCCAAUCACCCUACCAUCGUUGACUUCGCUGAAGCGGAGGAAACCAAACCCCAGCUCGAGCUGAGUCUCUUGGAGGGUGAGGUGUCUGCCACUGAGUACCCUCUGAGAGUUGCAGCAUUUGCGAGCAUAAACACUUUGUCGCUGUUCUUCAGCCACGCGGUGGGUGACGAGGUAUCGAGGGUAUACUACGUUGGGUUCAAGGGGGACACGACGUCCCCGCGUAAAGAUGGGACUCAGAAACUAGAAAUCCCAGCAGCCAAUGCUCCGGAUGCGUCGCUAGUCGACCGUGUAUCGGAGAAAUCAGGCAGUCAGCAAACGACAGCUAGGUAA